CUUUUUCUAUUGAUGCAAAGCCUGCUUUUUUCUAACACGAAUCUUUGAUCAUUCAAAUGUAUGAUAUUUUAUUCUCUCCAAUUCAAAUCACCAAAAUAGCUCCGCAUCGGUAAGAAAUUCAAUCCACAAAAAUUGUAGAAAAAGAAAAAAGGAGUCGGAGAAUUCUUUCAUGGCUGAUUCCAAAUCGUAUCCUUCAAACUCUUCAUCACCAUCAGGGAAACAUGUAAAAGCUCCGAAUGUGUUUGAGAGGGCAAAGGAAGAGUUUGAGGCAGUUGUACACAAUGGGAAACACAGACAUGAGCAUCACAAGGAGACUCAUGGAUUGCGAGAUGAUAUUGAUUCCAACACUCCAAUCAGUGAUGUGAAGGCUCCCAAUGUGUUUGAGAGAGCCAAGGAGGAAUUUGAGGCCAUUGUGGAGGCUAUUCAUCCCAAAAAAGAAUCGAAGAGCCAUGAUUCGCACGGCUAUGGAGAGACGAGGAAUCCUGCUGCAAAGAGUCAUGUAAAAUCAGAGACGGAGUUGCAUUCAGAUCAUCAAGAAUCUCAAUAUUAUCAAAUUUCUCAGUAUUCUCCGAAUUCCAACCAAAUUCCUAUCUCUGAACAACUCCAACCAUCACAAAAUAUUUCCCACAAUUGGUUCUGUGAUGUUCAACAGACAGAGACAAAUCGAAAGGGAAAUGCGUGGUGUGAAAAAGAAGAUGUAUCCCUAAUGUUAUCUUGGUGUUCCGUUAGUGAAGAUAAGGUACAUGUCAAAAAUCAAAAGGGUGCAUCUGUGUGGGCAUGAGUGAGUAAUCUUUAUCAAGAAGCUCGAGCAAGUAAUCCAGAAGAGCUCAGGGAAAGAAACAUUGAUAUGAUAAAAGGUCGUUGGAAACGACUCAACGAAAAUGGAAACAAGUGGAUUGUUGCUUACAAAGAAGCAUAUAGUCGGAAAAUGAGUGGAAGAAGCUUGUGGGAUGUUGAGAAAGAAGCUCAUGCAAUUUAUGAAGCAGGUGGCAGUAAGUUUCAGGAUUUGGUUGUAUUUAAUGAGGUUAUGAGUAAACAUCCCAAGUGGUAUUUAACAUUGCAAGAUUCAACACGACUACGUCCUGAAAAUGAAGAGGAUAAUGAAGAAAGUGGUGGCAGCUCCAAAAGAUCAAGGACUUUUGAAGAUGGGGAUUAUUCUAUGCCUUCCAACUUAGAAACUCCUACUACUGGUUGUUCAACUAUUCCCCAUCCUACAGUUAAAGAUAAGACUUUCGAAGGUGGGGAUUUUUCUAUGCCUUCCAACUCAGAAACUCCAACUACCGGUUGUUCAACUAUUCCCUCUCCCAUUCCCCAUCCUAAAGUUGAAGAUAAGGUGAAAAAUAAAGGAAAAUGUAAGGCAUUAGAAUCUUUAUCUACUAAUGAAGUUGGUGCGGAAAUUCGUGCGUUGAGACUCACUAUAGGCAAGGAAGUUGAAGAAAUGAGCAAAUUGAAUAGUGCUAGAAUCGACUUGGAGCUCAAAAAAGAACAAAGAAAGGCUAUGAAGAUGAAUGUAGUUUUGUUGAACACAUUGUUGGCAAAAGAUCAUCUAUCUCCAAAAGAUGAAGAGAUAAAACAUCGUCUAAUGGAAAUUGUUUUUAGACAAUGAAUGUAGUUUAUUUUCAUGUAAUUUUAGUUUGUGUCACUUUAGUCAUCUAAUCAUGUAAUUUCAAUUAUAUAAUUGAGUUGAUGUCGUGUAUGUGGAAGACAUAAAUGAUUUUUUUACUAAAAGGUUCAGUUGGGUUGGAUUGUUGAUAAA